AUGGACGGCCACAAGCGUGCACGCGCCAUCAAGAGCGAAAUCGAGAACAACAUCUCCGUUCUCAUGCCUCAGGACAAGAAGACUAGCACCCGCCGCAACGACAAAGAAGAUCUCGAAAACAACAUCAUCAAGACUCUGCGCCAAGAGCAAAAACUGACCUGGAACGAGAUCGCAAACUACCUCAACCAAGAGCGCCUCAACAAAGGCGAAGCAGCUACCUUUACCGACGCCGCAGUCUACAGCCGCUUCGUCCGCAACGCUCCUCGCAUCGCUACAUCUGUCGGCGAAAUCGGUUUUGACCCAAAGGACUACAUGCACCUGCGCCAUCCAAACCAGUACACCCAGACUGAAGGGACGGGUGGUAUUAGUAAGGCGGGUAAGAAGCGUGUCAAGAACUACGAUAACGCGACGGAGCUCAAGGCCAACAUUCGCCAGCUGGUCGCUGCAGAGGUACAGGACAACGGUUUGGACGACGCGGAGAAGACUGAACAGCUUAUGGAAGCGGUAGCAAAGUGCGAGCGCAAUUUUUGGAAGUAUGUCGCGGAUGAGAUGGAGCGGGCGACUACCAAGAUGUAUGAUCCCGAGGUGCUUGCUAGUCGCUACCAUGCUAUUUGA